AUGGAUGUUGCAACAGAAUGGAACUCAACAUGUGAAAUGCUCCAUAAUUCUUUAGAGGCGAGAGAAGCAUUUGAGCGUUUAGCAGAGUCGGAUCAGAAUUUCAAGACGUUGCCAACUGACGAGGAGUGGGAAAAAUGCAAAUCAAUUGGUCAAUGCCUGAAAGUUUUCAAUAGUGCCAUGAAACAUAUGUUGGACAGAAAGUAUCGAACUGCGAACUUCUAUUUCUGGGAUGUCUGUGAUCUUUAUCAUCAUUUGAUUCAAUGGGGAAAUAGCAAAGAUGACUAUAUUCGUUCUAUGGCUUUUACAAUGAGAUUAAAAUUUGAGAAGUAUUGGAAAGAGACUAAUUUAUUUAUGGCACUUGGGGUUAUUCUUGACCCUCGCUACAAAAUGGAACUCAUUGUUUAUGUUUUGAAUGCAAUUUAUGGGGAUGAUGCUGAUUACCAUAUUAAGAAGAUCAAAUUUGUUGUUGUUGACUUCUAUUCUGAGUAUGCAUUAUAG